UUCAAUCACACGCAAUGCACUUGUUGGAAGACUUCAAAAUGUAUUACACAAUGUAUACUUUCCUCAUAGUUUUGGGUUUAACUGCAACACUAGCCACAGAGGAUUAUGAACGGAAGGUGCCCUCACGUUUUGAAGUCGCGUCGUCUGAACCCAAUGACGCUGGCAAACCGUCCGAUCCGGAAUCCAGAGUAGUUUAUUGGAUCCCAACUUCUUGCGAUUCCAUGUUUGAGAGAGGCUAUACAUGCUAUUCUUGCGGGGAAGCCAUGCACUGCAUGCUCGGCAACGUGGGCCUCCUUGCUCUGUGCUACGGUCGUCGACCCUACUGCAACAACGGGAUCUGCUCAGAUAUCCCUACCACAAAGUGCAAGAUCAAGCAUGAAGAGGAAUUGCUGAAUGCGACUCAAACAGUGCCUACAGGGAAUAAGAUAUAG